UCGGACCUAUUUGCGGAUGUAACCGGAAAAGCCUCCGAUCACAACUUCCACCCAUGUGUGUAUGUGGAGACUCCAGUGUGAUCGACUUCAGGCUAGUUAGAAUAAAUUUUCUCGUCUUGAUUUAGUUUGAUAUCAGCGGUGUGAGGCUUCCGUUGCGGGCUCGGUGAAAACAUGGCGGAGAUCGUUCAGCAUCGGAUCGAGGACAGGAUUCCUGAGCUGGAGCAGCUGGAGAGAGUGGGACUAUUCACCAAGAAAGAAAUCAAAUCUACAAUCAAAAAGGUUACAGCUCUUGAGUACAAGCUCCACAGGCUGAUCGUGAACAAGGAGGACUUCAUUGCAUACAUUCAGUAUGAAAUCAAUGUCUUGGAGUUGAUCAAGAAAAGAAGAGGGCACAUAAACUAUCAUUUCAAACGAGAGGAGAUUGAAUUCCCCAUCAUCCACAGAAUAAAUAGCACAUUCAGAAGAGCAACAAAGAAGUGGAAGGACGAUGUGCAGCUGUGGCUUUCACAUGUUGCUUUCUGCAAGAAAUGGGAAACCAAAGGUCAGAUCAGCAAGGUGUUUGCAUCUAUGUUAGCUAUCCACCCUGACAAACCAGCCUUUUGGAUCAUGGCUGCCAAGAGUGAGCUCGAGGACCGAAAGUCCUCUGAGAGUGCCCGACACUUGUUCCUGCGAGCGCUGCGUUUCCACCCAGACAACAAGAAGAUCUACCAGGAGUACUUCCGUAUGGAGCUGCUGCACUGCGAGAAGCUGAGGAAGGAGAAGGAAGAGCUGGAGAAAGCCGAUAUGGAUUUGGGCGAAUAUGAGUUUUCUCCAGAGAUCCUCAGUGGAAAACUGGCAGAGGUUGUGUACAAAGAUGCUACGGCAAAAAUCGAAGAAGCAGAAUUUGUCAUCUCACUCCUGAACAUAGCGGCCAUCUUUGAUUUUACCAAAGAACUCCAAGACUCCAUCCUGCAAGACUUGCAGGCCAACUACACAGAGGACAGCUUGACGUGGGAUUUCAUGGCUAAGAGGGAGUUGGUGGCCCCAAAGGUGGAUGAGGAGCUCCGCACGGCCAAAGGCCAGGCUUUGGACAUCAACUGCAGAGAGGAGCGCUGCUGCCAGGUCUAUGAAGAAGGCCUCAAGAGCCUCAACACUGAGCCGAUGUGGACUCGCUAUGUUGUUUUCUGCUUGGAAAGACUAAAGAGGAAGACCAACGUCCAAGACCUCAAGGACAAAAGGCAAGAGAGGCUGCUGGAAGUUUUACAACGUGCCCAUGACUCCUCACUGCUGAAGGAGAAUUUUUACAAAAACUGGCUGGAGAUCUUGCUGUCGUCUGAGCAAGCCGAAGCGGCAGCUAGCCUCGCCUUGUCGGCCACGCAGCGCUACAACCAAUCUGUGUCGGUCUGGAGUCUCUGUCUGCAAACUUUAAGGAGUCUGGGGUGUGGAGACAUGGACAAGCUGUUCCACGACUCUCUCACACACGUUAAUCCCAAGGAGAGUCUACCACUAUGGCAGCUGCAGCUUCAGUGGAGCAUGGCCGACCAGAGUGCUGAGGAGACGGAAGCAAUCUUUAAGAGAGGUUUGCUGUCCUCUGUCACGGCUAUCGCCAUGGAGAUGAAAGAGCUCUAUCUCGAUUGGUCUUACUCAGUCGGAGGAUAUAAGAAAGCCAGAAAGACCUUUACAAGUCUGCAAGAAAAUCGUCCGUUGUCUAAGAGGUUUUUCACCAGCAUGAUUCAAAUCGAGAAGGAACAAGUAACGCCGAAGAUAAACAAUCUGAGAGAUUAUUAUGAGAGAGCACUGCAGGAGUUUGGCGCUGCAGACGAUGACCUGUGGCUGCAGUACAUCCAGGAGGAGAUGGGAGCGCUCGGCCAGCCAGAAAACUGCGCAAAGAUCCACUGGAGAGCCAUGAAGUUCCUGGAGGGGGAGAGCGUGGAGAGAUUCACCGCCAAAUACACUCUGUUCCAGACCGGACACUUGGGAGGGGAAACAAAAAAUGCAGCCUAACAAAUGACCACAUCUGCACGUAUUGGACUGGUGUUACGCUAAUAAUUACCUAAAACUCUGUACUGUAAUGUAGCAAAAGAAUAGAGAUUGGUGCAUGAACCAGGUUGAAGGGUAUUAACUGGUAACCCACCACAAGUAUGUCUGAAUAUGGACUUUGUUGGCCAUUUGCUAAAAUAAAGAUUUUUACCACAAGCAA